UCGAUUCGGUUUCUUCCUUCUCUGUGCCUAUAAACAUUCACCGCCCCUAGCGUUCUCCUUACGCUCUCUUUCUUUCUUCACCUUUUCCACUCUCCCUUUAUUCUUCCAUUCUCUCCCUCCUCCAAUUUUGUUUGCAACCAUGAUCGUCUACCAGGACCAACUUACAGGUGAUGAACUUCUGUCAGACUCCUUCCCAUACAAGGAGAUUGAGAAUGAGAUGUUGUGGGAAGUGGAAGGAAAGUGGAUUGUACAAGGAGCAGUGGACGUAGACAUUGGGGCGAACCCGUCUGCAGAAGGAGGUGAAGAAGAUGAAUGCGUGGAUGAAGAAGCUGUGAAGGUUGUGGAUAUUGUCGACACCUUCAGACUUCAGGAACAACCUCCAUUUGACAAGAAGCAGUUUAUCACAUACAUGAAAAGAUACAUAAAGCUUCUAACUCCCAAACUGGAUGAAGAGAAACAAGAGGUGUUUAAGAAGCACAUUCCAGAGGCAACCAAGUUCCUGCUGAGCAAGAUCAAUGACCUCCAAUUCUUUGUGGGGGAAGGCAUGCAUGAUGAUGCAGCUCUGGUUUUUGCAUACUACAAAGAAGGGGCGACUGAUCCUACAUUUAUCUAUAUUGCCUAUGGGUUGAAGGAAGUCAAGUGCUGAAGGAAUCCCAUCUUUUUCUGCUCGCAAUACUUCUCUUUUUCUUUUUUAUAUUCUAAGCUAAUUUACAUCAACUGUAUGCCCCCAAUCCCAAAAUACAAUAUACUAUAAUAUAAUAUAUGGCAUGCAUUAUUUUAUCA